GAGGUCUGCAACGUGGCUAGCUCAAAGUUUGUCUUUUUACAUCACAGUUACAACGUUUUGGACACUGGUUUACUGAUGGACUGUUAACUCCGGCUAUCUUAUUCAUUAUUAGAACGAACAGGUUCACUGUACAGUUCCUUACAAAAUGGCUGAAUCGGAUGGAUUGGCAGCACCUCCGCCUCAAAACCCUGUUCGUCAGUUCUUCAGACAGAUAGGAACGGUUUAUCAAAGUAACUUGGAUAGAACUACACCACAUACAGGCGUACGAUGGAUUUCAACAAUUUUACUGUCUUUGGCUUAUUGUGUGAGAGUCAUCUUACUGCAGGGCUGGUAUAUAGUAACAUAUGCACUAGGGAUAUAUUUACUGAACAUGUUCCUGGCCUUUCUCACUCCUCAAGUUGACCCAGCAUUGGUUGAGGAUGAUGCAGAAGAUGGCCCAUCACUUCCUACUAGAGCUAAUGAAGAAUUCAAACCAUUUAUGCGAAGAUUACCAGAAUUCAAAUUUUGGUAUUCCACUACGAAAGCCAUCUCUAUAGCAAUGUUUUGCACAUUUUUCGAAGCAUUCAAUAUCCCAGUGUUUUGGCCAAUACUUGUGAUGUACUUUAUAAUUCUGUUUGUCAUAACAAUGAAAAGACAGAUAAAACAUAUGAUUAAAUACAGAUACAUACCAUUUUCACAUGGAAAGAAGAAAUAUGCUGGGAAAGAAGAUAGUGGGAAGGUGGUUUCUUCCUAAGAUGUGUGAUGCAGUGAGAGAAACAUUUAUAUAUAAAUGCUGUGUGUGAAACUACAGACUCUAAACUUUUUUAUUAAAGGAGCCAAUGAUUGUGUCUUUGAAUGAAAAAAAUGAUGUGUAGAAGGACUAACUAGAGUACUUGAUUCACUACAAAUACAUGGUAUACUACAAUUGUUUCAAGACAUUAGUUUUAGCUCGUCUGGACCGAAAAGCCAAGUGAACUUAUGCUGUGACGCAUCAUCCCUACGGUGUCAACUUUUCCAUUUAUACCACUUAUUCUCGAAAACAGCAAACCAGAUGUCCUUAUAUUUGGUUUGUGGGUUGCUGGGAUGAAGCCUGACAAAGUUUGCGAAAAGAAAUGACCUUAACAUUUAUUCAAGGUCACAUGGAUUAAUUUUGAUAAAACCUUUAAAUGACUUCUUCUGUCUAACUUAAAGGUGCAAAAGCAUGAUUCUUAAGUACCGGUAAUAGGUUUCUAGGAUGAACCCCCAAAAAACUGGUAAAGAGAAAUUACAUUGGCCCUUAUAUAAGGGUCAUAGGGGUCAAAUUUGUUAAUACCAUUAAACAACUUCUUUUGUCUUACCAAAAGGUGAAAAAGCAUGAUAUUUUUUUUUGGAAAACUGUUUCUAGGUAAAAGCACAACAAAUUUUGAGGAGGAAAAAUGGCAUUUGCCUAUAAUCUAGGUCCUAACUGUCACUGUAUAGAAUCAAGUUUUAAAAGCUGUUUGUUUUGAAAUUGGUUAAAAUUCAUCAGAUGCCAACUUUGAAUGCCUAUAGUGUGCAUGUCAAUAUGUUUGUGAUAGUAACACUGAUUCUAUUUUUACUUAACAUUGAAUAACAUGUGAGUGAAGCAGGUCUAUUGUUAAUGUUUCAGACUUAGUCAGGACUGGAGCCUCAGAAUGGCUGAAUUUCAAAAACAUUCUUCAGACCCAGAUGAAAUCAAUUUGAAUAGGAUUCAUGGACGGUAGACUAAUAAAGUGCAUUAUCCAAAUUUUGAAAUUUGUUUCAUUGGAUCACUAUAUAUCCCUAAGGAGGUAAAUUACACUCUGGGUUAUAUUUACUUUCAAUUUCAACAUUCCUGUUUACUCCCUGCAGAGGUUUUUACCCCCAAAUCAUCUUGUUCUGGUUACAGUCUAUUUUUUAGUUCUUUAUUUACAGAAAUGUUUCAAAAUAUUUACUCUUGCUCCCAAAUUUUGACAUCAAUGGAAACCCUGAAAGUGCAUGAGUUGCACUAGUAAGAUUUAUUUGGAUUUACGUUUGAUUCACUUUACCCUGGCUCACUCCUAUCAUCCUAAGUCAAUCAAAUUAACAAAACCUGGAUGGUUGACUUAUUCAAUCUCAUUGAAACUUGAACCAAAUGGUCUUCACUCUUUUUAUAACAGAUAGAUAAUAGGGCAGUUAUUUUAGUUUAGAUUUGACAUAAACAUGCCCUUGUGAAAUUUUCUGGGUGAAAUCUUCAUUCUUCACAAGCAUUACCUAAACAUUAUCUUGCCUUGUUUAUGCUAUGCUUUCUGUUUUGCUCAGAGUAAUGUAUUCUUUGAUUUUCAAGCUUUCAAGUUUUUCCCAGAAUGGUUGUAAAAAUGGUUUUCUUUAUCAACAAAUUUUGUAAUAGUCCUCUGCGGAGAUCAGUUAUGACUUAAUGGCAUGCAAGUUUUUGUGUCUGUCAGAAAUGAUUACGAUCUAGUCCUUCUGAUGAUGUCUACACGUAAAUGUAUCAUGAGAGUUGAACACAUGUAUCAUAUUGUAGAGUUUGUAUGGUGGAUUUGUAGAUGAAUAUGUAUUGAUAUAUAUAUAUAUGUGACUAUCGUCAUUUUUAAAGCUUCACUUGAUUUCCGAAUGAAUGAAUUAUAAUUUCUUGAUUUUUUAUCAUAAUUAUGUUUUAUCUUCAAGACUGUAGUUCAAUUCAAGUCUCAUUUCAGAAUGUGUACAUUUAGAAGUAAUAUCCAGUAUUUCAUAAGGUUUCAGAUCCAAGCAGGAUCGACAGAAAUCAGUAUUAGAAAUGAACUGAAAAUCAGCAAAACUUUAUUUAUUUUCAUCAGUAGUCCGACUUGUUUUGUGUAAUGGCAUUUUGAAUUUUUAACCCUUGAAAAGUUUGAGGAAGAAAUUUCUGGUAAUUAUUUAAAUGUUCUUGUGAAAUUAAUCCAGCAGCAAAUGAAGUUACUAAAUUAGUCAGAUCUACUCAGACUUUUUACCCUAGGUACUUUCUAAAACUACCUCAUCAAUUUUAUGUUGAUGUGGAACAAAAGAUUUAUCUACAAACAGACUCCUUAUGAAUGGGGAUUAGUUUUCCUGUCUUCAGACGUUUAAAACAUGCAUUGUAUUAUGUAUAUCAUUUUCCAAAUUAUAAUAUUUAUUUUUGAGAAAUCCUCCAUUGACAAAAAGUAAUCUUAGCUUUUUUUAAUAGGCAAACUUCUCGUGAAAUUAAAAAAAAAAAUGGUUAUACUGUGAUGUUUUGGUUAUACUGCAUGCAUCAGAAGUUUGAUAGGAAUAUGAAUGGCACUGGAGAAACGUUGAUUUAAUUUAUAUGGGAAUAUUUCUUUAAAAAAGGUAUUAAUUAAAUAUUAUUUGUGUUUUAUAUUUGAGUUACUGUCUUUGUGUUAAAUACAUGGGGGAUGUUUAUCCUGUAUAAAUUUUAAAACUUUUAAAAAAUGUGUCCAUUGUCAGGAGGUGACUGAACAGAUACGAAAAUGUGAAUGACAAACAUGAAUAGUUAAGUACAUGAUGACUGUAAACUGUUUAACUGUUGCCAUUUUUUUGUCCAAUGAGAAGAGGACAAAAUUAACUGUAUAACAAAAGUUAAUUUAUAAAACAUAAAAUGAAUGGUGUUGUUGUUGGUAAUAUAGCAUUAUGUGUGGAUAGGUGAAAGUAUCCUGGUGUACAGUUUACUACUUUAAGUCCUCCUGAACAACUUUGUGUGUAAAAGGACAUAUUAAAGGUUUUGAUAUGUGAAAAAUUAUGAUACCAUACCAAAUUUUAAAUGAUAUGGAUAUCUAGACAUGGACCAAUGUCCUGUUGUGAUAGGCUGAUCAUAAAGUAUAUCCUUAAAGAAUCAAACAUUUAUUCUGUUGUAUGAAUUAGUGUUGUUUCAUGGAUGAUUUGGCAGCUGGUGCAUCAUAGCAAUACUCAUACAACUGGUCAGAGACUUGGUAUCUGAUAGCGAAAAGAUUGAACAUAGGAGAAAAAAGCUUUUUUCUGAACUUUGGAGGGGGAGAGUACAUUCUUAAGUGAAAUGUUUGCAUUAAUAAAUUAUUAUUGUAUCUUCAUUUAAAUUUCUCAGAAAGUUAAAAUGGUGGAGUAGUCUUUGUUACAGAUAACAGAAAGUGAGAAGAUUUGAAAUCCAUUGCUAGUUUUUUUGUCAGCCACUUGUCUUAGAACUUGGUGAGAGGUUUUAGGUGUUGUAGACAGAAAAAAAACAGCAGUAUCACAUUCAUGCCGGUGUUGUACUAGUGAUUCUUCAUUUUCAAGAAGACUUUAUAGUUGAUAACCAUAUUCAUAUUAGUGAAACUGUAGGGGACAGAUGGGCUGUAGUUUUCCUGUCCUGCCUAUGUAAAAAUUUGUCAGCAACCUAGUCGCUUAAUUCCUCGUCAAACUACACACGCUUAUUAAGGAUCAAACAGUCUUAAACAAGGGUGAGCGUCAGUGCUGUAGGGUCAAGGUCACUUACUAUUUUUAGAUCAUCGUUUUCUAGCUUGUGGGGCCAGUAUGAGACGUGUAUUGCUACAGCAAUAAUCAGAAUGCUUGUUACUUCUAGCGUAAAAAUAACAAUACACAAAAGACAGGAAAAGUCAUAUCUUAUAUAUAGCAUAUGUAUAUAAAUAUACAAAUUAUAAAAUUACUUAUUUUAUCACAUGUCCAGUGAUUUCAGUUUUGCCUUUCACUAUUUCACCCAUCAGGAUACUGCUGACACUACAGGGAUGUCGUUAUUAAAAGGACUGUAUGUAUAUAUACCUAUUCGAAUUUCAUGUUGAAAUACAUCGUGCAUUUUAAAAUAUUUCCCUUUCUGUGCAGGAUGUUCAAAAAAUAUUUAUUUAAAUGUGUUCCGUCAUUUAAUCACAAGAGAUGAAUGUUAUUUGAAUAUGAAGAAUAAAAGUUCAUAACUUUU